CACACGUCGCACAGGUUUCUGGGAACAGUGUACGUUCCCGAGGUAAACUGGACCCUGAUGGUCGCCUGCUUGCUGAUAACAGCGGGUUUCCGGGAGACACAGCAGAUCGGAAAUGCAUACGGUGUGGCAGUCGUGCUCGUCAUGGUCGUGACAACGUUUUUGUUGGCUAUGGUUAUGAUUCUUAUAUGGCACAGCAACCUCUACUUGGCCUUCUCCUUCCUGGCGGUGUUUGGCUCGCUUGAGUUGCUCUACUUUUCAUCGGUUUUGUUCAAGGUGAUGAGCGGGGGAUGGGUUCCUCUGGCAAUAGGCUCGGUUCUCAUGGCAGUCAUGUACUUCUGGCACUACGGCUCUUGCGAGAGGCACAAGUUUGAGCUCCAGAACAAGGUGUCCCUUGGAUGGAUCCUCCAGCUCGGCCCAAGCCUCGGGAUGGUGAGGCUGCCAGGAAUCGGCCUGUUCUACACCGAGCUAGCUCACGGGGUUCCAUCGAUCUUCUCGCACUUCCUCACGCACUUUCCAGCGGUCCAUUCCAUCCUCACCUUCGUGUGCGUCAAGUAUCUCCCGGUGAGCACCGUCGCCAAAGAAGAGAGGUUCCUUCUGAGGAGGAUCGGUCCCAAGCAGUUUCGGAUGUACCGCUGCGUGGUGAGGUACGGCUACAAGGAUCUCCACAAGAAGGACGACCACUUCGACGAGCUUCUCAUCCGCGCACUGGCCGCCUUCAUUCGCUACGAGUCGCUCAUGGAGAGCGUGGACGAGCAGUCGGAAGAGACCGUGACGAGCAACGGGUCCCUGGAAAGCUGCGGCGCGGCUCCUCCACUGCAAGCACAGGUGGACGGGCACACCAUCACUGGCAGUGAGAUUUGCUUGACAGCGUCAAGCGUCUCCUCGAUCCAGCGGCAAACUCCAAGGAGCUUGAGAGAGGAGGAGGACGAGUGCGCGUUUCUAAUCAAGUGCAAGGAAGAUGGGAUCGUUCACAUAAUGGGGAGCACUGUGAUGCGAGCAAGGCAAGGGUCGGGCUUCUUCAAGCGGCAUGCCAUCAACUCGGGGUAUAGUUUCCUGCGGAAGCUGUGCAGGGACACGAGUGUGAUAUACCAUGUACCUCACGAGAGCCUCCUUCACGUAGGGAUGGUUUAUAACAUUUGAUAUGUGGCUAAAGUCACCUUUCGUUUUUGUAGAA